GCGGCGGCAGCUGGACAGUUCCGUGCGGGGAUGUCAACAUCAAGUAUGAAGGGCUCAUUGGCCUGAGCUGUUUCCUCGGGGACAUCACGGCGGAUGUGUCUGGUUGCAGCCCUGCAGCCUGCAAUGACUCGCAAAGGUCCAUUGUUCUGUCCAACGGCGACGCGUCGAGUAUUAUGUUGACCGCCUCUUCCAUGGGCGCUGCUCAAGACCGCACGCCGCACAGCUUUGUGAACGAGUCUGUGAGCUGCAAGGCCCUGAACUCCACCAUUGCAGGCGUUGCCA